AUGUCGUCGAAGCUGGAAUCGAUAUUACCCAAGUUCAAGAGCACAAAUUUGAAACAGCUCGCUUCCUUAUGCGGCGAGAAGACCUCGGGUAGAAAGACGGACCUCAUCGACCGACUCGUCGCCUUGAGUCACGCGCGUCCAGCUAAACCGCCUGGCACCAAAGACUCGCGACUUAUUCUGAGCAUCGACCUGGGAAUCCGCAACCUAGGUUAUAGUCUUAUAGCACCCGCCGCGCCAUCCAAAGUUCUCUCACCUUCUGCUCUGACUGCUGAUGACUUGCGCCGGCCGCCGCGUAUCCAUCUUCACGAAUGGAAGCGACGAGAGCUCCUAGAGCCUUCGUUAGACGGAAUUGAGGACCCUGACCGUUAUAGCCCGGCCUCUCUUGCCAUCGCGACGGAUCGGCUAGUACGUCAUGACUUGCUACCUCUCAAACCGACGCACGUGCUCAUCGAGCGGCAGCGAUGGCGCAGUGGCGGCGCCGCAGCAGUCCAGGAAUGGACACUUCGCGUCAACACGCUUGAGGCCAUGCUACAUGCGUCGUUGCGCACGCUGCGGGAACUAGGGCAUUGGAACGGCGAGCUGGUGUCUAUGGCACCCAACAGGGUCACGCGAUUCUGGCCUCCGCCACCGACUAUAUCCGAGGAGACACCAAAGACGAGGAGCCGGUCCGCUAAAGCGGUCAAUGGAGAAACUCGAAAGGGAGCUAAGUCGCAGCAGAAUAGCAAGAAGUACAAGAUUGGCGUUCUGACGAGCUGGUUAGCGAUGAAAAGAGGAAGCGAGAUCAUUCUACCUGCGAAUCGUGACACGGAGGACGCUGUUAAGUGGUUCCGUUCGAAGCUGACUCGCUCUCGGAAGAAAUUGGGCGAUGUCGAGGACUUGGUUCGUGAUGCCGGUCCACGGAAACUCGACGACUUGACCGAUAGUCUCUUGCAAGGUGUAGCAUGGUUGAAGUGGGAGGAGAACAGAGAUAUCCUCCUUAGAGAGGAAGGAUUAAUGAGGCUCCUAGAAGAGAAGCUCUUAGACGAACUAGAAGUUGACACAUUGGUUGACGACGUAUAA